AUGUUCCUGCUUCUCCUUUUAACAACACCCGUGUGGGCGGAUAUAGCCACAUACGGAUAUCAUCCCAAAGGUGCGAAUCCAACAUUGUACUCCCCUGAAGACAGUGUUCUUCAACUCGAUGAGGUUACAUUCAAUGAUACAAUUUUUGGAUCACAGUCUGGUGAUGCAGGAUAUCUUGUGGAGUUCUAUUCUGACUGGUGUGGCCAUUGUCGAGCAUUUGCUCCAACCUACAAAAAUCUCGCAAAAGAUGUCGAUGGCUGGCAGAAUAUUGUCAAAAUCGCUGCGAUCAACUGUGCAGAUCCGGUCAAUGAGCACGUGUGCCGAUCAAAUGGUGUCCGAUUCUUCCCAUUGAUCAAGUAUUUCCCACGUGACUCUAUCAACUCCACAGAGGGAUCUCAAAUUAAACCAUACUCAACUGUUUCUGAGAUGAGAGGGCAACUAACGAAAGCUGUUAUGGAUGAUUAUGCAUUGAAUCGUUAUAAGGAAUGGCCAACAUUCGAUUUCCUGAAGGACGUUGUCACGUAUGGAGAAUUGUGGAACGAGUCAUCGUCUUCUGCCAACCACAUUGCUAUAAUUUUUGAAACCAACCAAGCUAGUCUUACUGGUGCUCAGAGUCACCCACUUGCAGAGGCUCUGAAAAUUACUGACUUCCCAUCUCUGGCAAUUUUCAAACGAGGAGAACGAAAACCAGUUCUAAUUGCUGAACUCCGUCGCCUUCUUCUCCGCGAGAUUGACCAAUUCCUGGGAAAACCAUCUGACAAUCAUCUCCAAACGAUUCAUUUCAGCAGUAGAAAGAACAAGACUGUUGACUGCAAUAGCAACCCAGAAUUGUGUAAACCAAACUACUAUGUGUCGGAAGUGGAUAUGCUUAAAGCAAUGCGUUAUGCACUUUUCCGUGAAUCUGCUAGAACUGGAGCCCCACUUCAAGCUGCUAAUCUUUCUGCUCUUUACGAGUUUACUUCCCUAUUGGCGGAUAACUUCCCAACAACAACCAUCGAAGGAAGCGACGACAAUUCGACUGUUCUUCACCUUGACAGAUCUAGCCGUGCUGUUCGCGUGUUUUCAAGACUCCGUGACUACAUAGCUGAAAAGGGAUUGGAAGCACCAAUCAGUGUUGAAGACUGGCAGAAAGAGUUCCUCGCAGCAGAAGAGGAGGCUGGACACCCAUUCCCAUUGAACACUAACUGGGAUCACUGUGCUGGAUCAUCAACUCAGUACAGAGGAUACACUUGUGGAUUGUGGACUACUUUCCAUGCAUUGACUGUUUCUGCAUUUAAGAACUGGCAAGCUAAGACCAAUGAUGUGACACUCCCACUCCCACCACUCCAAUCUAUCCGUGACUGGGUUGGAUCAUUCUUCGGAUGCAAUCAUUGCAGAGAUCAUUUCUUGAAAAUGACAACUGAUACAUUCAAGAUGGAAGCAAAUGUUCGUCGUCCGGAAGAUGUUUAUUUGUACCUGUGGAAAGCUCACAACAAAGUUAACGCGAGACUUCAUGGAAGAGAGACCGAAGAUCCAAAGUUCCCGAAAUACCAAUUCCCAGCCAAAUUCUUAUGUCCUGACUGCAAUACUAAAGGAUUCUUGAACGAAGACGAUACUCAACCCUUCCUAAUUGAUUAUUACUCUAGAAUCCGACCAUUUAGCAACUCUACUCUUAUCAAAUCGUAG